CGCCUUAUUCGCAUGCGUUUAAAUGUUCCACAAAGGCGUACGCGUGACUGGCCAGUGUGUCAAACACAGGUGAUCGUAUAAUCUGUGAGUUAAUUUCAGCUGAUACACACUCCCUUGUGAUUAGAAGAGCAUUGCCUUUAUGAAGUAUUCCAACAUCUUAUACCUCUUUCCCCUAUAGUAUUUAUAUAUUUACUGUCUUCCUAAUUUCUCUUUUUAUGUGAACUUCUUUCUAGCCGUUUUUGUGGCACGAGGGUAGCUGAUCGUUUUUUUCUCGCUAAUCGUUCUGACAUUCAAUUCAAGAGAACCGCCAGAGAGCCUCCGCUUUCUAAUUAGCCGUAGGUGUAAUGUGUUUUUAGAGAGUGACUCAAGUGCUUUGUUUGUCUAGCUGCGAAAUACUGCUCCCUCCAAUAGAUUUCCCGCCUAAAAAUUUUGAACUUCAUGGAUGAUCACGCGCACGCUCAAACGAGUCACUAAAUGAGAUGAGUAAGAAUUUGGCAGACGGAGGAAGACUCUAUUACCAUUCAUACACAAAAUAAUACUUGUAGUAAGUUCAUGCUUUCAGACAUAGACUAAUAGAAGCUUUAAAUUCUUGCAUUUUGCAUCUUUUAUCUUCAAAGAGAGACGUUCAAGUCGAAAAGAGUACUACACAUAUUUGAGUCUAGCCAAAAGAAUAAACUCGCAGCGAAGGACAUGCCGUCGCCGACACUUUCCGGGCCACUAAUAAACUCCUCUUCCAUUGCACCGAACUCUUUCGUCCCUACGAACUCGAGUUUUGACGUCAACGGCACAACACUGCCAGCAUUGGAUGGCGCAUGCGCAUUCAAACCUCUGCAUAAGUCCUCCAUCUUUCUGUUAACCAUAGCAUACUCGUCGAUCAUCGUGGUGUCAGCUAUUGGUAACGCAAUGGUGAUUCGUCACGCGGUGGCCCGCCGUAAGCUCCGAAGAUCUUUCGAUCGGCUCAUCAUCAACAUGGCCGUGGCCGACUUGCUCGAUACCAUAUUCGGUGUCCCAUAUAACAUUUCGUACUUUUAUAUCGGGCUGCGGUGGUUUCCUGGCACGCUUGGGGAAUUCACGUGCAAGUUUUUAAACUUUGGGACUAAUAUUAGUAUUACGGCAAGUGUGUUUACCCUCGCGGCAAUCGCCGUGGACAGGUACUUCGCCAUUGCCCACUGUGCCAAGAGACCGCUCUCUCUGCGUAGCGUCCGCUACAUCAUCGCCACUAUCUGGGUGAUCGCGUGCAUGGUCUUCUCAAGCGACUACUACAGAUUCCGGGUCAUUGACGGACCGAACGGCGACGUGUACUGCGUCCAAGACGCGAACGCUUGGGGCAAAAAAGCCGUCCAGAUCGACUACAUCGUCAAGUUUGUGCUUAACUACGCCUUUCCACUCUUUGCAAUGGGAAUAUUGUACAGUAUUAUGAUAAGGUACCUCUGGCAAACGCGUGGACCGGGCUACGCCAGUGAUAGCAUCGAACGAAGAGUCCACGAACAGAGAAAGCGAUCUGUGAAGAAGCUUCUUGCUAUCGUGAUCGAGUUUGCCUUCUGCUGGUUCCCUAUUCAUGUGGUGCACUUCUUAGCCGCGUUCAACCCGAAACUGUUGUUUUGUACCUCAGUAUACGUCCCGCUGACCUGUAUAUGGCUGGCUCACGCAAAUAGCGCCAUCAAUCCGUGUCUGUACUUGUAUUUGACCCACAAGAACAGGAAAGCAAACGUCAAACCAAGUGCUACCUUCUAAGCGAAAGGAAGCGAAAAAGAACAGAAAAGAAAUGUCAAGCGAAGUGCUACCUUCUUAGGGAAAAGGAAGCGAAAGAGAAUAGAAAAGAAACGUCAAACCAAGUGCUACCUUCUAGGGAAAAGGAAGCGAAAAAUAACAGGGUUGGGGGGGGGGGGGGGGGAGGUAAAACUGAUAGGGAUGCUCGUCGGAAAAUUAGAAAAAUACCCCUAAAAAAUAACUGCACGACCAAAAAUUGCUAGACAAUACCUCAAGAGCCUUAAAAAAACAUUUCUAAGAAAAAAAGCCUUUUUUUCUCGGAUACCCCCUAAAAAUACCCGAUUUUAACCCCUAAAAAAUACGACAAGCAUUCCUAUAAGUUGACAUGGGAAACCCCCCCGGGGGGGGGGGGGAUCAACACAUAAACUGUAUAGUACCUCUUUAUUCACAAGCGCCAAGCCUUGUACUAAUAUUGAAGAGCGUCCAGGGGAUCCCCCUCCCCCUACGGACCGGUAUGUUACAAGAAGUAAAAUUGUAUAUUGGUGCCCCCUCUUUUGUGUCGGAACCUCCCUCCCCCCCCCUCCCCCCCCCCUUUGGUAAUAUCUCGAUCGGACGCUGACUGCAAGCUCAUGACAUACGCUGUGCAAACAUCAAGCCAAGAGCUGCUCUUGGGGGUACGAGUAUAUGGCGGGAGGAGAUUGUAACUCCCAUACUGUUCUUCUAAAUCUUAAAGUAAAAUUUUAAAAGAGGAGCGUUUUUUUAAAAUCCCGUGAAUCAAAAUGUAGUUGUUAAAGUGUAAUAGUCAAGCCAGAACAAAAAAGAUUAAAGUCAUUACAGUGUAUUAGUAUGAAAUAAACUAAAUAGUAUUUCACGGGUUUUUGCAAACCACUCUAAUAUAUAACAAUAGAUAGAGAUAAUUUGUUGACCCGACCUUACCAAAACGAAGAAAAAACAUAUCUGGCGCUGACAUGUGCCGGAAAAAGUACCGCACCAAAAAUUAUAUGCAAAUACGAUGUUUAUUUCAAGUGCGGACUAAAUCCAGUUGAAACACAUUGAGAUUAAGUCCAUCCUACAACCAUCCAUCCUAUACAAUGUACAGCAUUAUAAUAUUCCAAAAUAAAGAAAAAAUUCCAAUAUUGAAA